AUGUUGAAGUCCCUGGUCACAAUUACUAUAUUCUUGAUGAUUGUCUGUGCUCAAGAUGGUCUGAGUGAUAAUACCAUUUUUGACGGAAAGAAAACUGUGCGUGUCUAUAAUGGGAUGAAUGAUGGCAUUCUUGUGUAUCUCCAUUGUCGAUCAAGGGACAAUGAUCUUGGCCAACAUGUUCUUGCCGUUGGAGAGUAUCAAGAAUGGUCCUUCACAGAUAACCUUUUUGGCACAACUCUUUUUUGGUGCACAAUGGAUGCAGGCAAUGUGCAUGCGAGUUUUGAAGUUUACAAUGCCCAAACUGAGGAGAUGAAUUGUAGUACCCAAUGCAAUAGAAUUCUAAAUAACUAUGGAGGCUAUUUUUUUAUUCAGUACUAUCGCUACUGGGAGAAGAGAUUGUCAUGGCAUAUUCCAAAAACACCAUCUUUUUAA